AGAAGAAGAAGAAACGGGUUUCCGGUUUGUCCAUGCUGAUUCGAAAAACACAAAAAUUCAGCUUCUCUGAUUCUGAAUUUAUUUUAUUCAUUUCAACAUGUCCAUUAAAUUAAACGCUCUUUACAGCGACUCAUAUGUGGAUAUAAGCCAGUACAGAGACCAACAUUUUAAGGGUAACCGCUACGAGCAGGAGAAGCUGCUGAAGCAGAGCUCGACGCUGUACGUGGGGAACCUGUCCUUCUACACCACAGAGGAGCAGGUGUACGAGCUCUUCGCCAAGAGUGGAGACGUCAAGAGGAUCGUCAUCGGCCUCGACAAGGUCAAGAAGACCGCCUGUGGCUUCUGUUUCGUCGAGUAUUACACGCGAGCCGACGCGGAGAACGCCAUGAGGUUUGUGAACGGCACGAGGCUGGAUGACCGGAUCAUCCGCACGGACUGGGACGCGGGCUUUAAAGAGGGCCGGCAGUACGGCCGGGGCAAGUCCGGCGGCCAGGUGCGGGAUGAGUACAGGCAGGACUACGACCCCGCCAGAGGGGGUUAUGGGAAGCUGGUGCAGAAAGCCUGAACAGGAUCAUGACCCGACCGGAG